AUGCGGCUUUUCCAACGUCGUAACGUGUUUGGCUCUCCCCCCACAUUCCCUCCCCCUCACCUCCCCCUCUCUCGCCCCCCCCGACCUUCGCACCCCAGUCCCCCAGGGUACUAUUUCCGGGCGGGCACGGGGGCCGGCAAGAGCAUGUGGCACAUCUACCUGCCGCACGGGGGGUGGUGCCGCAAUGCCAACGAGUGCGUCGGCAGGAGCAAGACGGCACUCGGCAGCAGUACAUUCUACCCCGACGAUCCCACCAACGCGACCCUCUCCCCCAAUUUCGACGGCAUUCUCAGCACUGCUGGCAGCAACCGCAGCAUUAACCCGCCAGUUCUCCUCUCUUCCUGUUCCCGUCUCCAACUUCCCUCCACCCACCGACCCUCUUCCCCAAUUUGGACGGCAUUCUUAGCAGCAACAGCUGCAUCAACCCGCCCUCCUUUCCGUUUGUUCUUCUCCUCCACUCCUCGCUCCCACUCCCGCCUUCAGACCAUCCCCUCCCCGGGUUUCAACGGCAUUCUGAGCAGCAACAGCAGCAUCAACCCGCCUUUCUACAACUGGAACCUCGUUCGUCUCAUCUACUGCGACGGUGGCGGCUACUCGGGCACGGCAGGGCGGCUGGAAAUAAACAAUGACACGGCGAUUAAUCUGGACGGGUGGAACAUCGUUCAAGCGGUGAUAGAGGGUGCGUUGUGA